AUGGUUGCGCGCGAGCGUGACGGCAAACAGAUGUUCUACAGGGCCGCGGAUGGCCAAGUCCGCAGCAUUUUGCCAGCCGUUGAGGCUCUGCACCGCGAUGGGCUUGCCCAUGGUGAUCUCAAGCCAGCCAACAUCUUGGUCACAAUCAUUGCGGAUGUUCCGUCUCCAAUGCUUCUCGACCUGCUUGACUACUCGACCGAGGAAGCAGGCGAUCGGUUGACGAUGGCCUAUCAACCUCCCGACCAUGGCGACGACGCCACCUACCGAGACCGCUAUGCCGUCGCAAUGAUCGCUGAGGAACUUGCGAUGGCCUGGACGCAGGGGCAUCCCGGAGAGGUGUGGGGCGCUCUCGUUACUGCGGCCAGCGAGGAGUGCGGGAAAGGUGACAAUGCAUGGGAAACGCUGCGCCCCCUGCGAGAAGCCAUCAAGAAGGGUCCACAGCAACAACGGGCGGACGAAGGUAUCGCCCUAACAGUGGCAAUCGCGCGGCUGCGCGAGCCGGGGCCCUUGCUUGCCGACAAUGGAAAAUACCAUGUCGUGGAAAGGCCCGAUCAUCGGCUUGAGAUUGUGGGGUUCGACAGCAAGCUUGAGAUACUGCUCGACGGGGAAACCGGCCUCCCCCUCAGCGCCAAGGUGCACACCGUGCCUGCCCGCUCUGCGGGGUGGGCGGCACGCUAUUCGACGCUGUCCUUUCCCGGCACGGUAACCCUGACUGCCGGCGACAAAGGGUUUUCAGGUUUUGAAGCAUUGCGCGAGGCGCUCGCGCGUCCCAAGGCGGCGACCGACGAGAUCGCGCCCUCGGUCCUUGCUUUGCCUCACCGCCCGGACACCGGUGGGGGCACUCGUUUUCCGGUCGCGCGGUUCUGGCAGGAAACCAUCACGGUCGAGGAAGACCUGCAGCCCGAGGUGACGUUGAGCGAGGCGGCCAAGGAAACCGGCGAGCGGUUUCGGAUAAUGCUUUCUUGCCAGGAGGUUGUCGACUGGGACGCCAUGGAAAUCGCGAAUGGCUCCGCCAUUAAGAUCACUUGGAAUGGCGAGCUGGUGGGCUUGGUUGACCAAGACCGCUCCAGACGUAACACCAUUGUCGUCCGGGAUGCGCGCAACUUUAGACGUCUGGCGGCAGGGGACACUUUACGCCUACAUGCUUCUGAUGACCUGUCGAGCUUCCGCCGUCGCUCUCAGGCCGUCGAACGCGUCCUUACGGGUCGAAGCCAGAUCGGCAAUUUGAUCAGCUAUUUCGACCCGGAAGCGCGGAUCGAACCACUACGCGUCGCGUCCGAGAUUCCGGAGGACGCGCUUGAGACCUAUGGACUUAAUGCAGAUCAGAGCGAAGCCAUGCAGCACCUCUGGCAGUUUGGCCCUGUCGGUUUGCUUCAGGGUCCGCCAGGCACGGGCAAGACCAAGUUCAUCGCCGCCUUCGUGCAUUGGGCGCUCAACGGCGGAAAGCUGAACAACGUUCUAGUUCUGUCGCAGUCCCACGAAGCGGUGAACACUGCAGCCGAGCGUGUUCUCGGCGUGUUCGGCAAACUUGGCGGUGACCUAGAUAUGCUAAGGGUCGGCCGCUAUGACAAGAUCUCACCGCAGCUCCGCAAGUAUCACUCCCAGGCAGUUCAGGACCGUUAUCGCGAGUUGUUUCGAGCGGACAUAACCGCCCGCAUAUCGGCCGUGGCAAAGCGCCUCGGCCUGCCCGCCGCAUUCGUUCGUGAGGGCCAGGAAGUCGAGGCGACAUAUGCCACGUUGGUGCGUCGCAUGUUCUACGCACGGCGCGACAUCGCUGAUAGUGCGACGGACGAUGUGGUGACCGCAGCCAGGCGAAGCUUGGGCGCACUUGAACAGGCCUUCUACAAGAUCCUCGACGCUGACGGUGUCGAGCGCGAAGGCACACCUGAGGAGAUUCUUGAGGAGUUGCGAGAGGAGGUCGCUCGCAGCCACAUGGUCAGUGACGUAGACGCGCAGGAACGCUUGACUGGCCUCAGCGCCAUGUCGCGAGACUGGAUCGCGGGACUAGGGGGUCGACACCGCAAUCUGGAAGAGUUUCUGGCAAGAAGCCGCAAUCUCGUCAGCGGGACCUGCGUGGGCAUUGGCAGGCACGAUCUUCGCAUCGAACGAAGUGUUUUCGAUCUCGUGAUCAUCGAUGAAGCGGCACGUUGCACGCCCAGCGAACUGGCUGUUGCCAUGCAAUCGGGUAAGCGCGUGCUUCUGGUCGGGGAUCACCGGCAGCUGCCUCCUUUGUUUGGCCAUGAGUUGAUGAAGGAAGUACGUUCCCGCAUUGCGGGCGUCACACCACGCGAGCUCAGACGUAGCGACUUCGAGAGAGCCUUUGGGUCAAGUUACGGGAAAGGCGUCGCACGGACGCUCAAGCGGCAGUACCGAAUGGCCCAGGAAAUCAGCGACCUUAUCUCGGAGAAUUUCUAUACGGGUCAAGGCCUGUAUGCAGAACGGCCGACGCCUGAUCAAAUUUACGACCAGUUGCCUGCGCCCUUUGACCACCAGGUGGCCUGGGUCGACACCUCGAGCGGGGGCCAAGAAGGCGAAAGCGGCCAUAGUUUCACCAACCGGCGUGAGGCUCAUACGGUCAUCGAACUGCUGCGUGCGCUCAGCGCCAAGGAGGAAUUUCUGGCCGCGGCUCCGGAGACGCUCGAACUGGAGCCAGAAGAGGCACUCAUCGGGGUUAUUUGCAUGUACGCGCAGCAGGCCAACCUAAUCGAGGAAUUGCUGACCUCGUCGGGCCUGCCAGCCUCCUUCCGUUCGAUGGUGCGCGUCGACACCGUCGAUGCAUAUCAAGGCAAGGAGAACAGGAUCAUCAUCAUUUCACUGGUCCGAAACAAUCCUGACUCCAGCAUGGGUCACGUGCGGAGCGACAAUCGCAUUAACGUCGCUCUAUCUCGCGCGAUGGAUCGCUUGGUGAUUGUGGGAUCGGUGCGGAUGUUCGAGCGAAAGGGCAAUCCGCUUUCGCCAGUUCUCAAAUCCCUGCGGCAGCGCCAGCUGGUGCGGACCAGCCAGCAAUUGGGGCUCACCCGAUGA